UUGUUUGCUGUGGAUAUCGUUUGGACACCCCAGCAGGCUUUAUUCCAGGACAGUCAGGAGGAUUCCUGUUACCCGGAGGAGAGCCAUUUUAGGAGCUUUUACUACAUUUGUAGAGAUGUCAAAGGACAAGCAGACCCGAUCCGCCCCUUCCCCCACCCCCUCGGAUCUAUCCCUUCAUAGCAACGAGGAGUGGGAGCCAACCCAGGAGGCGGAUACGACCGCCCAGGCAUGUAGUGACCAGCCGCGGUCAAGGGCCCAUGAGAAGUCCAAGAAAAAGCCUAGUAGAAAGGCAAGAAGCCAGCCAGAGGAGCAGUCGGAGGAGGAAGCCUCUGGUGAAGAUGCAGGACAGAAAAAGGUGCGUGGACCCAGAUACACUGAGGCGGAAAACUGUACCCUAGUGGAUUGCGUCGACAGGUCCUACGACGUUUUGUAUGGACCAAGGGCACAGACAACAGCAGCUAGGACAAAGCGAAGCAUCUGGGAAUCCAUUGCGAGUCAAGUCACUGCAAUAUCUGGAAACCGCCGGAGCACCAGAAAUUGCUUGAAGCGGUACAGUGAUUGCCGCAGACAGACCAAGAAGAAGAUGGGGAUUCAGCGCCGACAUGAGACAGCUACGGGAGGUGGCCCGGCUCUCAACCUGAAGUGGCUACCCUGGGAGGAUGUUAUUAGAAGGCGCAUGAACCCUGCCAUGGUCGAAGGAGUUCGCGGAGGUGUGGACUCUAGCCGUCCUGCUGGCUUUCCCGAGGAGGAAGAACCGCCCAGAAGACGGAAGAAGGCGGGAGAUAAGCCGUCCAAAAGGAGAUCUGAUGGUAAGAAUACAUUCACAUGA